UGGUGCUCUUCCUCAGUUCGCUCGCAACAACAAUCCCUUUCAAGAUGCUAUGAUGUUGUAUUCGUUAGAAAGAUCGGGUUCACAAAGGACAGAAAUUAACAUAGGAUAUGAAGACAGGAAUUGUGACUAGAAAAAUCUUAUUCAUCUUUAUCCGCUUCUCGUGGUCUUGGUUUAGAUUAUGAAAGAAACAUUGUUGGCUAUUGAAACAAUGGAAGAGGAUAGAUCCUUAGAACAAUGCUAUUAAUUUGAUAUUUAGACACCAACCAAUCCGAUUCAGCUAAUAUCUAAAUUCUAAUAUACCUUCCACUGACAGAAAAGACUAUUAACUCUAGAGAUAUGGCUGCAUCUAACAUAAAGAUGCCAGACUUUGGCAUCACGACAACCGAAAAAGUUAAGAAUAAGGAUCAUGUAAAUUCGCUCCUUCGGGAUUGCCGCGCUUUGCUUGACAACUACCGGAAGAGCCCAUCCGAAUUUGACCUCGACGAUGCCCUCACCGCGGUACAAGAUGCCUUAAUCAUCGCCAGCGACCCAGAUGCCUGUGAGUCUCCUCCUGUUGCGACCUGUUACCUUUACAAGGGCCAUGUUCUAUGGAUUAUGAAGAGAUAUCAAGAGGCCCAAAAUGCGUAUCGCCUCGCAUCGAAAACAAUUGGCACUACCCCCGCUGAUCGUAAAGCUUCAGAAAAAGCUGUCUCCUAUGUUGUGGAAGUUGACGAAAGAGUUCGAGAGGAGAAACGUAAAGGUGGCCUAUGGACAGAGACCUACGAUUCGGACUUCCCGCACGUUGAUAGCCGGUUCCAAUCUCGUUAUAAAUUCCGUAGCGAGAAACUAAUCAACGCCGGUUUACACUAUGCCUGCCCCCCUAUUCAAGACUUGGGUGCGAAAAGGGUCCCUUGCAUCGAAAUACCCGAGUUUCCUCACAAGCCCACUCCUGCAAGCCCUGUUAAGUGCAGUGUACAUUGGGCUGAAGAAGUAGGAGAUCCUACUCAUGGAGGUAGAACGCUCAGAAGUAUGCGGGGUCGAUAUAUAGAUUCAAAUAGUCUUAGUGUAGAAUGAUAACUUUGG